CCACUUUAUUCCUUUUCCCUUUUCCUACAAUCUCUUUCCUGCAAAACCCUUGCUCCGAUUCUUGCUGCUAAGCUCAAGCGUACUUCAUGAUCAUGUCUACUCCCACCUUCACCAAACUAUAGCCCCUUUCCUGUUUAUAUAAUCUUUCGUUCUUGCUCCAUGGAAGCUCUUUCAAGCUCUGUCUUCAUUCCGCCCUUUCAAGAGACGCGCUCCUCCUCUACCUCUUCUGCUUCGCUCAGAUUAAACUUUUGCUUCCCCAAAACCACGCUUCCGGGAUUCCGAUCUCGAGUUAUUGCCGCUGUUGCUCGCGAAGUUUCAGGCGACGGAGAAGAUGAUGAACAAGUACAACCACUUGUUGAUAAUGCUUUUGCCUUGGUUCCUGAACAACCUUCAUCUUUUUCUCUGGAUAACUUGGUUCAAACUCAUGGAAUAGAAGACUUAAAGAGCACAUCAGAAAUGAUAACACCAACAAGCACACAUGGAGCUGGAAGUGCAGGAGGCACUAGGGCUGGGCUCUUCCGAACCCCAAUUUCUGGAGGUGUACAGAGCGCAACCUCUGUUCAUGACUUACCUAGACCAGCCCUAGCAGUUCGCAAUCUCAUGGAACAGGCAAGGUUUGCUCACUUGUGUACUGUAAUGUCACGGAUGCACCAUCGUCGUGAAGGAUACCCGUUUGGUUCCCUGGUAGACUUUGCACCAGAUGCAAUGGGGCAUCCAAUAUUUUCCUUUUCUCCAUUAGCUAUACACACAAGAAACUUAUUAGCUGAUCCAAAGUGUACAUUAGUGGUGCAGAUACCUGGAUGGAGUGGCUUAUCCAAUGCAAGAGUCACUAUUUUUGGUGAUGUUUAUCCCCUUCCUGAAGAUCAACAGGAAUGGGCUCAUAAGCAGUAUAUAUCAAAACAUCAACAAGGGCCAUCACAGCAAUGGGGAAACUUUUACUACUUCAGAAUGCAGAAUAUAAGUGAUAUAUAUUUUAUUGGAGGUUUUGGGACAGUUGCUUGGGUGAAUGUAAAGGAAUAUGAGGCUCUUCGACCUGACAAGAUUGCUGUGGAUGGAGGUGAACAGAAUCUGAAGGAGCUGAAUGCCAUGUUUUCAAAGCCCUUAAAGGAGUUGUUGUCAAUGGAAACAGAGGUGGAUGAUGCUGCAUUGAUAUCAAUAGAUAGCAAAGGGACAGAUGUUCGUGUUCGUCAAGGUGCACAGUUUAAUAUACAGAGGUUAGCGUUUGAGGAAGGGAAUGGGGUUGAGACACUUGAGGAAGCCAAAACAGCAUUGUGGAACUUGAUUCGAAGAGGUGGUGAACACAAGUUUUGACAAAAUUUAUCAUUUAUUAUUUUUGAGUUUUUUUUUUUUUUUUCCUUUUUUGUAAGAGAGUGGUAAAUA